UUUUUACUAAUUUAAGGUGGAUAAUAAGUAAUUUGGGUGAAUAUUCAUAUACCAUCUCUAUUGAUUUUAUGCAGUUUAAAAUCGAUUAAAUGUAAAGGAAUAGGUAAAAUGGCCAAAGUAAAACAGACUAGUUUCAAGUUGAGCGGUGGAGAAGGUGAUGCAGGAUCUACGAAAAACUAUGUUUUAUCUUUGGAUAUAGGUACAAGCAACAUUAGAUGUCAUGUGUAUGAUAAGAAGGUCAACAUGGUUGGAAGGUCUUGCCAACCAAUAAAAAUCAAGUAUAUAGGAUCACAAGGUGUUGAAAUUGAUCCUGAUGAAUUAUGGCAACAAGUUCUUGAAGUUAUGAAGGGUGCUUUGGAAGAUGCAAAAAUAACAGCAGAUGAAGCAGCAGCCCUUGGAAUAUCAGUGCAGAGAGGAACGUUUUUACUCUGGGACAAGGAGACUGGAAAACCAUUUCACAAUUUUAUUGUGUGGCAGGACACAAGAGGAGAGAAAAUUGAAAGAGAUUGGAAUGAAUCUUAUACAAUGAAAGUUGUAAAGGCAGGAGGAAAGGUUGCUCAUUCAUUUAGUCGUCAAAAACGUUUCAUGGCAGCAGCUGUUAUUAACUUUCGAACUAAUCAUGUGACAAUCAGGUUGUUGUGGGCUUUGGAACAAAACAAGAAAUUAAGACCAUUAGCUAAAGAGGGAAAAGUUCGAUUGGGAACUCUUGAUACAUGGUUAAUAUGGAAAUUCACAUGUGGAAAGACUUACUGCACAGAAAUGUCAAACGCUUCAUCUACUGGAAUAUAUGACCCAUUUAUCCAGGACUGGAACUCAUUUUUCUGCAAUCUCAUGAGUGUUCCAUAUCGGGUAUUUCCCCCAGUAUGGGACACAAACGCAGAUUUUGGGGUAUGUGAUGCGAAAUUUUUUGGAUCCGAGAUUCCUAUUCGGGCUGCGCUUGGUGAUCAACAAUCUGCUAUGUAUGGACAAUGCUGUUUUAAAGCAGGCGAAGUCAAGCUCACUAUGGGGACUGGAACUUUUAUGUGCAUGAAUAUAGCAGAAAAACCGCAUGCUUCCGUAGAGGGAUUCUACCCUGUUACAGCAUGGAAAAGAGGUUCCGAGAUAGUACAUCUUGCAGAAGGAUCAUGCAACACUGCUGGAGAUGCCAUAGACUGGCUAGUAAGGGUAUUCGGAAUCGAAAGUCCUGCACAUACAGAAGCCAUUGCGAAAUCUGUUUCAGAUACGAAUGGAGUUUAUUUUGUCCCAGCGUUCAGUGGGUUACAGGCUCCUGACAAUGAUUUCAGUGCUUGUGGGUCACUCAUGGGUUUAAAAGGUUCUACUUCAAGGGCACAAAUCGUGCGAGCUGUAUUGGAGUCAUUAGCAUUCAAGAAUGCACAAAUAUUUGUUGCUAUGACAUCAGAGGUAUCAUAUCCAGUGAAAAGAGUUGUGUGUGAUGGCGGAGUAACAGCUAACAAUUUUAUCAUGCAAUUAACUUCAGAUUUAAUAGAUCAACCAAUACAGAGAAUGAAGAAAACUGACAUGUCAGCUCUUGGUGCUGCAUUCAUGGCAGGAAGAGCUGUUGGCGUUUGGAAAGAUGACGAUUGCUUGAAGGAUCUACUCACUGUUGAAACUAUAUUUUAUCCUGAUAAAAAGAGAGCGCAAAAGUAUGCUCCAAUCAUCGCAGAAUGGAAAAAGGCAAUUGAGCGUUCGAAGAAGUGGUAUCAGAAAUGACUUGGUCGUAUAGAUAUUUUCCUAUUGUGUAUAAAAUAAUUGUAUAUUAAUAUUUAGUCAAGCCAAAAUCGCUGUACUGUAUUUCAAAUUGAUUCAUUUUUUGGUUUGACUUAAACUUUGAUGCUAGAUUUUUCUGUUUAUAUUGUAGCAGUGAUUGGUUAUUUGGAUUUUUGUGUUACCAAUUACUGAUAAAUUAAAUUAUUCCAUAUCUGGAAAUAAACAGAUCGGAGAUAGAAAAAAAUGGGUGCUCCUGAAGUAUGCGCACCAUGAUGUCGCAUAACCUGAACUCUAACCUGGUACACAACCUGAGGUCAGGUUGUGCGCCAUCUUGGUGCGUAUACUCCAGGAGGUCUAAAAAAUGUAAUAACGACGUUAAUUUCAAUCAGCAUCUUGUGUUUUCGAAGUUAAUUUUUGAGGCAAGAAUUUUUAACCUGAUUAAAAAUUAAACAAACGUCAUUUUCAUAAAAUUCAAAACCGGUUUUAUUCUAGAACAAAACCACAACUACAAUUUGAAAAUGAAAAAUAGUUCAAAAUUGAAUAUCGAGACCCUGGGCUUCCAUCGUCAUCAUUCAAAUUUCAUCAAAGCUUUAUGUGCUUUGUAUAACAUUUAUAUUUGAAUAUCUUCCUCAACUUAUAUAUCCCCAACUUUUUAUUCACUCGUAAUUGUUUUCUAAUACCUAUGCAUCAUUUGAACAUCUAAUAUUUUAAUUUUUUAUGUUAAAAUGCAAUUGAGAUGAUGAACCACUACCUAGAAAUGCCAAUACAUUCAUGUUUUAUAUAAAUAUACUUUGUCUUUCAUUAACGCUGUAAUAUAAAUGCUGCCGGUAGAUAUUUUCAUUCGUUCUUGCUUUUUGGAUCUGACUGAUUCUUGGAACAUAGGAAUAUUAUAUGAAAAGAAUUUUCAACUCAUGUUUUUAUCACAAAAAGUGAUUUUGCAGUGAGACACAAACUCGUACGUCUUUGCAAAACUGAAAAUGCUCUGGCAUUUCUUCUUUGUUUGGAUAGGGCAAAUCUAGUUCAUUCGUAUUCAUCAAUCUUCACCCAAAAUGCAGUAGCUAUAUGCAGUUUUGUAUUUCAUUCAAAAAUCAUUAUUAUUGAACCCACGGUAGGUACAAUCUUUGAGUAUAAUUCAUGAUAACGUGCAGUAGGAUUACUGAAUGCUUUUUUGCUGUUCUAUAUGUAAUUGUGUUUAAUUUUAUUGAAAUAAAUAUUUGCAGGGAUGGAAACAUAUGGUACAAAUAG